CACCGCACGUUGCAGGCCCGGCGCCGCAGCGCAGCUCGAGGCAGCGGUGAGGGCGGCAGGCAGGGGCAAGGCUGGGCUGAGCGAGGGCCAGGCCAGGAGCACCAGCACCCGGGGAGCGCCCAGGGCUGGGGAGAGGCUGCAGGGGCUCUGCAGAGCCCCUCGGGCAGGGACGGUGCUGCCUCUGGGGCGAGUGCCCUGUCCCUGGGCCCUGCGCUUCCUGGCCCCGCUGCCCCAGCCACCCUCUCCCUGCUACCCCACCCCACUGAGCCCCUUCUCUCCCUCCUGCUCCUCCUGGCCAUGGCUGGAAAGAUCACCAAAAUCCUGCUGGUGCUGGCCAUCCUCCAGUACGGGCUGAGGGCAGAUGCCCAGGCAGUGAAGGUCAUGGAAAAGGUUCUGACACAACAUGAGGAACAGUGCAACCAGGAGAUGACUUGGCUGGCCAGAGCUGGAAGGAUUACCAGAAUCCUGGUGCUGCUGGGCAUCCUCCAAUAUGCAGUGAGGGUGGAUAAUCCAUCAGUGAAGGUCAUGGAAGAGCUCCUGAAGAAGCACGAGAAGGAGCGCAUUAUGGAGAUGGCUCAGCUGCUGGUGAUGGAAAAGCAGCGUGGACCCACCCCAGGAAGACUGCUCGUCCUGGCUUGCCAGGAGUGGUGGUUCUGGGUUGGUGCUGAAAUCCUCCUCGUGCUCUUUGGGAUCUACUGGCUGCCAAGGCAGAGCAGCUCUGACUAUGAUGAUAGCAGCCAGCAGGAAACCUCCACCAGUGCCCAGGAGCAGAUGAAGGAGGAGGAGAAGGUCUGUGAGGAUAAUCCUGACUCUUACGACACUCCAGAGAAGCCCCCAGAUAAGAGAUGGGCACUGUGGAGGAUAUUCUGGCGAGACACCCCUGUGACCGUGGGGAGCAGCGACCAGGAAAUGUGCUGUGCUACCUCCCCUCCCGGCUGAGGAGGCAAACAAGAGCUCAGAUCCCUGCUUCCUGUGCAGCCCCUGCAAACAGUCCCAGUUGUGAUGCUCCCCCUGCCAGGAAGUGUGGAACCCUUUGUAAAUAUGUUCAUAAAAUGGUUUAUUUGUUUUAAUAAAUACUGUUUGAGCAAGAGA